AUGCAAAAUGAAGAGCUGGCGGCACAGCGUCAGGAGAUUGAAAGUCUUCGCGGAGACAAGGCUGGCAUUGAGGAGCACUACCAGGGGCAGUUGCAAGAGCUCAAGAAGACCAUGGUCGGAGACGUUCAACGUUUGCAGGAUGAAGUCAAGCGGCACUUUGCUCAGCAAAAGGCGGAGAACUCACGCUUGCAGCAGCAAAUCACCACUCUGAAGGGAGAGAAGACGUCAUUGCAGCAACAGAUUCUGGGGCUGCAGAGGCGCGUGCAGGAGAUUGAAGAGCAGGUGGGCGCUGAUUGA